AUGGACAAAGACAAUUUCUCGUUCAAAUUCUUGGCAAUUUUCUUCAUCAUCUGCCUAAUUAUCUGGAUUCUGGCGAUAAUUAAAGUCAUAAUUAUCCACUUAGACGAACAGAGAAGACCCGCGAAAAUUUGGAAAAUCCGAAGAGAUUUAUUGAUUGGUUACGGUGGGAUUAUGGUAGCUGGCAUCGUUCCUCAAUUAUGGAUUGUUUUUAAUCAAGGAGAUGCUGCGAUAAUUAUCUGCGUUGUUUGCAAUUUCGUACCGCUUAUCUUUCAAAAAUUAUUCAUCAAAAAAUAUUAUGAAAUUCAAAAAAAGAAGUUUCUGAUCCGCCUACUCAUCCUAAUCAUCGAUUUGCUAUUGAUAAUCACCUUAAUUAGUGUGUCCAAUCAAUUAAGAUAUUCUGAAAAUCGAUUAACAAUAAUUUAUAUAAUAAUUAUCUGGUAUACGGUAAUUUUUCUUUGGACAUUUUUGGAGUUUUUUGGAGUCUUGGUCAAUGGGAUAAAGCUGAGCAAUCAGGAGGAAGAAUAUGAAAAUGUGGAGGUGGAAGAAGGACCAAUUAACGAGGAACAAGGUACGGUAUCCCCUGAAGGGAUUCCAGAAGAUGAAAGUUUGGAAGUUAAUGAGACCCUUCCCACUUGCAAUAUUUGUAUGUUAAACUACAGUAAUCCAACAGUAAUCCCACUUAUUUUAAUCGGAUGUGGACAUACAGUAUGCCAGAAAUGUGUCCGUAAAAUUCCACGUCAUCAAGACAACACAAUUUCGUGCCCGUUUUGUCGGCAACCCACUAACUAUGAUGACCAAGAAAAUCAGCUUCCCAAGAAUUAUGCAAUUUUGGAGAUGAUUGAGAGGAAUUAG